CUGCGAUGACGAUGAUACCGAAACACAACAAGCCAAAAAUCUAAACACGACAGCAAGCGAAAGUUCUUGUACAAAAAACGAAUAAUUAAGUACUUUUUCAUUGAAAACAAUUAAAACGACCAAUUCCAACGAGAUGGUCAAACAGUGCGCUGCAAUGUUCUGCGGUAAGGAGCUGGACCGCAACGACGAGUUCUAUCCCUUCCCGAGGGCAUCCCCUAGGCAAACGUUUCGCCUCCGGAUUUGGCGGCAGCGACUUUUGGUGGUCAGAGCCCUCCCGAACCAGUUCGCUUGCGCAAGGCACUUUUCCGAGGAGCAGUUCGAGGCCCGGAAUGGGAGUCCCAGAGAGUUGAGACUGGACGCAGUUCCGGAUCAAAACAUCGUCCGGAGAACCAUCGAUCCGGAAGACCCGCUGGAUGCCGUUUGUCGGCUGUGUUUGGAACGUAUCAAAAGCAACUGCCAUCUCAUUCAUCCGGUUUGGCCAGCGCCGGAAGUGCCCAGUGCUGAGGAUAUCGAGGAUCUCUUUGGAGUUGUGGUCCCCAACGACGACCUCAUGCCCCGACUGAUAUGCGUAACGUGCGUCACGAAGGUAAAUUACGUGAUUCGCAUCCGGAAUCAGUUCCGGAAAAACGAUGCGAUUUUCAACAAGAAAUGGGCACCGAAAAAGGACCUCUCGACGAAAGAGAGCCAUGGGAACGAUCGAAGAAGUUCCGAACAGGACUCCAGCAGCCACAAGACUUACGUAGAAAAUUCACAGAAGACAAGUCCUUCGAAAAGGGAUCCCAUCAGUAACGUAUCGAGACCCACUUCAGGACAAUCUCCAGUAACUCAGACUCCCAAAAUAGCCGCCGUGGCCAGCUAUGGGAAGAACCCGGUGGCCACCUCAUCCUCCAGUAUCGAUCCGGGAAGUGAACGCGUCCUGAACAACACCUUCGGAGAGCUGGUCUACGUCCAAAAAGGGAACACCUACCAGCGCUACCAGAUCAUCAGCAGCAAUCAGAUCGGGCUGAGCUGCGAUCGGGAAGAGGUGGUCCGCACCUCGGACUGUCGGAUUUUACCCGCGGACCCGGGCGACGAGGUGGAGAUUCUGUACACCGACGACAACACCGAGAUCUCUCCGGACGCCAAGCUGGUGAAGCUGGAGUUCGAGCCGGCUUCGGGGUUCGGUGACCUGCUGGCGGACGACUCGCACCUAGUGGUAGAGGAGCUGGAGGAAGUGCCGGAGAAGAAGCCCCGGAUCGAUAUGCCUUUUCGAUACGAUCAGAUCAAGGAGGAGCCGAGUGAAGACUUAUAGAUUAUGGUUGAUUAAAGCUAACGAUAAGUUUGAAAUUGACUGAA